AUGGACGCCGCGACAAUCGAAGAGACGAAUCGCAUUCGCGUUUCGCUGGGCAUGAAGCCUUUGCCGGUUCCUGGCGCCGCCCCAGCCGAAUCGCAACGCGAUGACUCAGCUUCAGAAGAGGAGGAUGCGUCUGCCACACUUGAAGGACGUCAGGCGCAAGCAUACGACAACUAUCAAAAGGUGCGCGACGCCGAGGCUGCAAAGCGCAAACGAGAAGAGCGAGCUGCCGCCGUAAAGAAGGAAAGAGAGGCAGCGCAGCGCAAUGCAACCUUGGAGGGGAAGGGUCUUGGCGAAGCCGACGAGAACGAGAUGGACGCAAAGGCGUGGUUGAAAGCGCAAAAGAAGCGGCAAAAGACCAUCGAGAAGGCCAGAAAGUUGGAAGAGGAACAGGCAGCGGCUGAAGCAGCUGCGCUCGCAGCAGUCGAGUACACCUCUAAAGACCUUGCCGGUGUCAAGGUUGCACACGAAUUGGACAACUUUCUCGAUGGCGACGAACAGAUUUUGACCUUGAAGGACUCUACCAUCGACCAAAAUGAGGAAGAGGGCGACGAGCUUGAGAACAUGGACGUCAAAGCUAGAGAGCAACUGCAAGAAAGGCUAGAUUUGAAGAAGAAGAAGCCAGCAUACGACGUCUUUGCUGCAGCGGAUGAAGAUGGCGAGCGUGGCAUCUUGGCUCAGUACGACGAAGAGAUUUACGGCAAGAAGAGCAAAAAGUUCACCUUGGAUGGAUCUGGUGCGAUUGCAGAGCUGGGAGAUAUCCUCGGGGCACCAGAGAAGGCGAAAAAGCUGCAGAACAUUGACCUAGAUGUCAUGCAAGAUGCCCCUACAUCGGAUUACCUCGACGUUUCAGAGAUCAAGGUGAAGAAGCCCAAGAAGAAGAAGAACAAGUCAACAAGGCAGAAGCCUGUAGAUGAGGAUGACAUUUUCCCCCUUGAUACAACACCAGCAGAUGAUGGCAUGAUGGACGUGGACUCUGGUGCGGCUAUCAGCAAAAGGAAACGUAAAGUGGAGGACGACAACUUUGUUGAUGACGACGAUUUGCAGGCUUCCUUGGCCAUCCAGCGUAAGAGCGCAUUAAAGAGGCGGAAGAAGAACCGGCCCGAGGACAUCGCUCGGCAACUCAAAGAACAGGCGGAUGAGCCGGACAUUGAGGCUCUCAAUGGUGGCGUGGUCAUUGAUGAGAUAUCCGAGUUUGUGUCCAAUUUGAAGAAGCCAGAGGAGGAAGACGAGCGCAAAACAAAGAGGCCAAAGUCCACGUCAGUAGAGCCUGUAACGGCUAUGGAAGCUGAUCUGGACGACGAAGAUCACCCGAUGGGUGGCGACGACGUCUAUGAUGUCUCCGAGGACAGAGCUAGAGAGACGUCUACAGAGAUUGCAGCAACGGGAGUCGAUGAGGAGAGGACACUCAACACCGGUAUGGGCUCAGCCCUGGCCCUGCUCAGGGAACGUGGUCUUAUCAAAGACUCUCAUGGCGCAGAGCGAAACAUGAGCGAACGCCAGAAGGCCGAAUUCUUGGCAGAGAAGAGACGUCUGGAGAGGGAGCAGGAAGACCGCGCCAAAUACCAGCGUGAACGCGACAGGAACAGCGGACGACUAGAUUCCAUGUCCGUGAGGGACAGAGAGGAGCGCGCACGACAGGCGAACGCCCAUCGCGAACUGCAGCAAUCGCGUGUUGUCGACGAGCUCUUCAAGAAACACUACAAGCCCAAUGUGGAGCUCAAGUACGUGGACGACCACGGCAGGUCUCUCGACCAGAAGGAGGCCUUUAAGCACAUGAGUCACCAGUUCCACGGCAAGGGCAGCGGCAAGGGCAAGACCGACAAGCUGCUGAAGAAGAUUGAGGAGGAGAAGCGACGCGAGGCCAAGCCGACGUUUGACGCGAGCGAGAACGCAAACGUGGGCUCAUCAUCGGCGAAGCGGCAGGCCGGUGUUCGAUUACAAUAA